AUGACUACAAAUAGAAUAUCAGCAUCUCAAAUUUCACAAUUUGUAAUACAAUAUGCAACAAAUAUAAUUGCAAAUCUAUAUGAAAUUCCAACUAAACGGCAAGCUUUAUAUAAUUUUGGAAAUGAUGAACUUAAAUUUUUAGAUAAUUAUUAUGAUAAAAAAAUUAAUAGCGAUUAUGGUAUUUUAGCUCCAAAGCUUAAUAAAGCUAAAUUAUUCGAAGAGUGGAAUUUAGCUAAACAUUUAAUUUUAAAUUUUAAACAAUUUUGCUUUGUUGAAGCUUGGCAACAUAUAUUUAAAACAACAAAUUUUUCCAAACAAUUUCCAAAUUUAACUAGUUUAGCUAUUAUUGUAUUAAUAGCUCCACUAUCAAAUGGUUAUGUUGAAUAUGUAUUUUCUCAUCAAACCAUGAUUAAAACUAAAUUAAGAAAAAAAAUAUCAAUUCCUACACUUAAUUAUCAUCUAUUAAUCGCUUUUAAUGAACCUUCAAUUGAAGAUUUUGAUUUAGAGCAAGCAUAUAAAAAUUGGGUCUCAAAGGAAAGAAUAGAUUUAUAUUAUUUUACUAAUAAUCGUUCUAUAGAUCUUUUAAUUGAAAAAGAAGUGUAUAUAUUGAAUGCUAGUUCUAAUAAUAGCAGAAAUGAGGCUCUAACAGAUAGUGAUGACUUAUCUUCUACUAUUAGUGAAGGCACAUUGGUAUUCCUAAACACUGUACCUAAUAUUGUGAAUCCGGAGACUACCCAUUAUGGACUAGUUUUAAGCUUCACAGAUAGUUCAAACAUUAGUCAGGAUAAAGUCGAUGAAUUAUUCUACAUAAAGAUUAGAAAAACUUACCGCCACAACUUGCAAUUUGAUAGUUGGGACAUUAAACAUGGAAGAUUAGUAUGUGUGUACUGGCAUAUGAUUCAUGGGUUUUAUUAUGCCCCUAUUGAUUUAAACACUGAAAAUUCUAUAUACUUAAUCUGCAUCAAGAGACUCAAAUAUGUAGCAAACACCCUGAGUUCCUGCAAAUGGAUUGUGGAAAAAUCUAAUCAAGAACUAAUUAGACUGAAUGAAAUGAGUAGAAAUAAAAAGAAAAAGGUGGAAUUAUUCAUGAUAAAUAUACCUGAAAAAAAUAACAGAAAUUGUAAUGAUAAUAAAACAACCUCGCAAAAAUCUAGGCUAAAUAUUGAAGAAGCAUUAAAUAACAAAAAUAGAAGAAUGUAA